AUGACAACGAGUAAAGUGCAUCCGGUGGGAUGCGAUAUGAUGAUCGACAACAACGAUGCACCAUCAUCGCCACGUACAAUGCCUUCGCCAACGGAUAACAACGUGAAGGAACGUAUGGACCAAAUCGACCGUCUCAAGUACUUUUUGGCUACUGCAACCGAAAAUUGGGACGAAGGUGCUGCUAUCAAACGUUUUCGAUUGCCUAAUGGCGAGGAUAUGUCAUGCGUAUUAUGGAACGACUUAUUUUAUAUUACCGGUACCGACAUUGUACGCUCAUUGUCAUUCCGCUUCCACGCGUUUGGCCGUCCUGUUACCAACGCCAAAAAGUUCGAGGAAGGCAUCUUUAGCGACUUGCGUAACCUGAAGCCAGGAACCGAUGCACGCCUUGAGGAGCCUAAGUCCGAGUUGCUCGAUAUGUUGUACAAGAACAACUGUAUCCGCACUCAAAAAAAGCAAAAGGUGUUUUAUUGGUAUUCGGUGCCUCAUGAUCGCUUGUUUCUAGAUGCCCUUGAACGCGACUUAAAGCGAGAAAAAAUGGAUAUGGAGCCGACUACUGUUGCUGUAGCUGAACCUGCCACGUCUAUUUCACUCGAUUCUACACAAGAGUUAUUUGACCAAUUGCGUAAAAACAUGUCGCUUUCAGCUGCAGCUACAGCACAUGCACUUGAAGAUGAAGCUGCUCGUUAUGCAGUUCCACAGCAGCAACAGCAGCAGCAACCUGCGCCCACAAGUGGUUAUUGGAAUGGAUGGAAUUCCCCGCACCAUCAUCGUAGCAGUCGUUGUGAAAGAUCAUUAGCAGCUGCCGCACCGACCACCGGAGUGCUUCGAAGAUCACGCGUUAACUCGGCAUCUCGGACAAAUCAGCAGCAGCAGCUACAACAACAGACCCGGCACCAUUAUCAUCACCUUAGUCAUGCGGGACACACUGCUCCUUCUACACCUGCUUCUCGUCCACCACGCGUGCGUCACCGUACCGCUAGUGCAACAUCUACUAUUGCAGCAGCAUCAUCAUCCACUUUGAGUCGUCCAAAGCUUUCAGCUGUAAAAUCAAUGCCGCCUGGUAGUCGUACUGCUGCACGUGCCGAAGCACGUCGUACCAACAAUGAUAUUGCAUCGACCAAAUCACUUGACUCGAAUGUCCUUAAAAAGAAAAAGGCCAUCUUUGGCACUUUAUCGUUGUUUGAUGGAUCUCCUACUUACAAACAACGAAGACGUCGUGCUACAUCAGCUUCGUCCACUGCAACAGCUACAUCAUGUUCAUCGGCAAAUCAACAACAUUUACCAGCUACUAACACGAGCACCAAUGUUGCUGCUGAUGGUGAUGAAACAACAUGCCAUCAAUUAUCAGCAUCGUCGCCAUCCAAUUGUCAAGUUGUGUCCACCACAAAUGCAACUCAGCCAUCUUCACAUUUGGCAAUGGCUGCUGUUGCUGCAGGCUUUACGGGUGAUGAUACGAACAACCGUAACGAUGACAACAUGAUUACUGCUGAAGUUUCAACUACCAGCACUACGCCCAAUGUAUUGGCUAAUCCUACAACUGGUUGGUCACCCAUUGCUGAUACUGAUAAUGCUUAUGUUUGUGCGACGACAGCAAAUCCUGGUGUAACAACAACUGCUACCAUCAUUGACAGCUUCGAUUUGCAACAGCAGCAUCAUAGCAAUCAUGCCGUACCUUCAACAUCAUCAUGUGCUUUUGAUACUCAGCCAUCUUUGGUGAACCAUACCAAACUUUUUUCAUCUCAGAAGCACACGCCUAGUAUCGACAUGAUGAGCAACGUAUCGGCAACAUUGGCUCAUGAGGAAGAAGCUGAUACGUACAUGUGCGAAACGGUGCCUUCAACAAUAUGGUCAUCAUCUGCUGCUGCUGCUGCUGCAGCUUCUGGGAAUGGAAGUUUGUGCAGUAGUCGAUGCAGCACCCUUAGCCCAAUUCUCGAUUUGGAUCUGCAAGGUGGUGGGACGUCGUCGUAUUUGGGACGAUCGAGGACAAACUCUACGUCGGAGGAUGAUUCAUCAUCGUCAUCACUCACAUCAUCACCAUCCCUACACCUUGGAUAUCAUCCCAUCCCAAAUCAUCAUCAACUAGCACCACCCGAGAUAUAUGAUUGGAUGGGGAUGACUGAUGAUGCACAUCGCGUUUAUGCUCCAACAAGACCACUAGGGCCAACGCCGCCUCCCGUUACAUUGUUCUCUCCUUGCAAGCCGGAUGACAUGUAUCAUUCACAACAACACUUUAUGCAACAACAACAACAACAACAAUCGCACGACAACAUGUAUCCGAUUCACGACACAACAGAGACGUUGAUGCCUACCUUUGGUAACGAUCUCAUGUACAACUUGCAAGAUUCAACAACAGCUCCUACUACAACAACUUCCAACACAGCACAUUACGCUCCUUCAUACUUUGUCGCCCCCAGAGAUGUCUCCAUGGCCAUGUUUUAA